CCCUCGUUGCUUGCUGUACACUUACAGUUAUGGCUGUUCUUGAGUUGUGAUAUCUGUUUUUGUUGUGUAAAUCAUCGUAACUUUUUCAUUUUAAACAACGUUUUCGUCGGGACUUGACUUUCCCUGACCUAAUAAAGACAUUGCAACCCAGCUCACCAUGCCGUCCGCCAGUGACUCUCUGAUUGAAGACAUUGAAGACAUGGUGUCUUUCAAUGACCCCACUCCUCAAGACAGACAGUCUGCAAGAAAGAAUAUUAUGCCAAGGUCAAGAAAGAAGAAAGAGCUUCUGAGCACUGAGGAGCUCCAAGCAGACAGUUUGAUCCCUGGCACCCAAAAGAUCUGGAUGAAGACAUGGGGCUGCAGUCAUAAUAACUCGGAUGGAGAGUACAUGGCUGGACAGCUUGCAGCCAGCGGAUACAAGAUGACUGAUGAUCCAGCAGAAGCAGACGUGUGGUUGCUCAACAGCUGCACAGUGAAAAACCCUGCAGAGGACCACUUCAGAAACUCAAUCAAAAAAGCCCAGGACCAGCAGAAAAAGGUGGUUGUUGCUGGAUGUGUUCCCCAGGCUCAACCACGGAUGGACUACCUCAAAGAUCUCAGCAUUAUUGGGGUCCAACAGAUUGAUCGGGUGGUGGAAGUAGUGGACGAAGCCGUUAAAGGUCACUCUGUCCGCCUGCUGGGUCAGAAGAAAGAUGGAGGAAGGAGACUCGGAGGUGCGAGACUGGAUCUGCCAAAGAUCAGAAAAAACCCGCUGAUUGAAAUCAUCUCCAUUAACACGGGGUGUCUGAAUGCAUGUACCUACUGCAAGACGAAACAUGCUCGUGGAGACUUGGCCAGCUAUCCCAUAGAGGAACUUGUGGAAAGAGCCAGGCAGUCUUUCCAGGAGGGAGUGUGUGAGAUCUGGUUGACAAGUGAAGACACAGGUGCUUAUGGCAGAGACAUAGGGACAGACCUGCCUACUUUACUGUGGAGGUUGGUGCAGGAGAUUCCUGAAGGAGCCAUGCUGAGGCUGGGUAUGACCAACCCACCUUAUAUCCUGGAACAUCUGGAGGAGAUGGCAAAGAUUUUGAAUCAUCCACGUGUUUAUGCCUUCCUUCAUGUUCCCGUGCAGUCGGCCUCAGACAGUGUCCUGAUGGACAUGAAGAGAGAAUACUGCAUUGAUGAUUUCAGAAAAGUUGUGGACUUCCUCAAAGACAGAGUACCUGGGGUAACAAUUGCUACAGAUAUAAUCUGCGGGUUUCCUGGUGAGACUGAGGAGGACUUCCAGGACACCUUAGAGCUUGUGAAGCACUAUCAUUUUCCCAGUCUGUUCAUCAACCAGUUCUACCCCAGACCCGGUACACCUGCUGCUAAGAUGGAGCAAGUCCCAGCACACGUGAAGAAGCAAAGGACUAAACAACUCUCUGAACUCUUCCAUUCUUACAACCCCUACGACCACAAGGUAGGAGAAAGACAAUUUGUGUUGGUGACAGAGGAGUCCUUUGAUGCGCAAUACUAUGUUUCCCACAACAAGUUUUACGAACAGGUGCUGGUACCUAAAAGAGCUGAAUUCAAAGGGAAGAUGAUUGAAGUAGACGUCUACGAGGCAGGAAAACACUUUAUGAAAGGACAACCAGUAGAAAACAGUAAGCCAUUCACUCCCUCCAUUUCCAUGCCUCUUAGGAAAGGAGAAGUGUCUGGGCUAAUGCAGGAACUUGUGGUCAAUGGAGUCAAAGGAGCUGCUUCUGUGCGACCUGACUCUGCGCUCCAGGUUGGCUCCUACAGUGAACUGCUGAAGAAACUGGGGAUAGGCAUUGCACUAGCAGCCGCCAUCUUAGCCUUUAUUGUAGAGAAGCUGUAUUGAAGGUGAUGAAUCAAGAAAUAAUUAGGCAAAUGACAGGUUUAAAUUGUUCACAGCAGAUUUUUUUAUUCAAGCAUUCACCGCAGGUUUUGUGUUUUUGUAUGGAAAUGGCUACAUUAAGGUUUUUUGUCUUUCUUCACCACACUCUGCAUCCUGACAUUUUAUUUUACAGAUACAUCAAAAACAACUGAACAGAUAUUUCAGUAUCUGUUUUGCCAAUGGCUCUGCUGGGAAUGCAUUUUAUUAUGUGGAAAUGAGUGAGACAGUUUCUUUGCUUUUACAUUCAUUUCAGAGUAUUUAUUUUUACAAACUAGACAAUGUAUUUUAUAGCUGCAUGAUAAAUCUCAUUCAUGUUGUUUUUACAUAUUUAGUUGUGGUUCAAAAUGUUGUCAUCUGACAAGAAUGCAAAUUCACUCCACACUCUUCAGAUUUUUAUUUGUAAAAGAGUCUGAAAACCGUGUAAUUUUCCUUCCACCUCCCAAUUAAUUAAUACUUUGUGUUGGAAUAUCUCAUAAACUCUUUAUAAAAUUGACAGAAGUUGAAAAAUGGAAAAAAGGUUUAAGGAGUAAAAUGCUUUUGAAAAGGACUGCACCAUGUAUUAAUAAUUGUCUUUUUUCAUUGUAACAGAAUCCUCUAAUAAAGGUCAAAAUCAGUUAAUUCUGAGUAAAACUG